AUGGUACUGGUGGGAAUUUGUGUCGGCAUACAGUUGGGCAAGAUGGUAUACAACGCUCACAUCCACCCCUUGAGAACGAUUCCCGGGCCGUGGCUGCCAGCUGCAACUACUGCAUGGAUCAGAUGGCAACGAUGGCAUGGUCGUUUGUCUCUCCAAGCGGACGACCUGCUCACUCGCUAUGGUUCCAUUGUGCGAAUCAGCCCGAACAUGGUGCUCCUGAAUGAUCGAGAGGCAGUCGAGAAGAUUUUCGCGCGGAAGGAUCUUGACACUUCCCCCAAGGCCAUUCGGGCUCUGCGUGUGGGUGGACACGACUGGACGGUGACAUAUCCCGAGCAUAGCGUUGCCAGACAGCGCCGACACCCGGUCAUGAUUGCGUCCACGACCAACAACCUCAAGGUGUGGCAUUCAACCUUUUCCAAGAACAUCGGACAUAUGGUCAAUGAAUUGGGUCGGUCCCAAGGCUUUAGAUCCGAAGAUAUCGUUCGCCAUCUCCGCAUCUGCACACUCAAGAACACACAGCCCCUGAUCGGAGGACCUGGUGUCGACCUCGAUGGCGCUGACUUUCCUGAUGUCGUUGGAGAAUAUAACUUUCUUGUAGUGUGGCGACUCUGCCUCCCCGAGUGGACUUUCGGUUGGCUCAAAUAUGGGCCCUUCAACCACGCUCGGUUUCGGGUGCAGUCCAGCGACAAGCUCUUCGAUCUGGGAGCAGAAGUCCAAGAGCAAGCUCAGGCCUACGAGAAGCAGCGACCAGGGACAGCGGAGAAGAACUUCUACAGCCUCUGUACUGAUACAGACGCCAAGUAUCCCGUGCAAGCGUGGACAAAAGAUGAGCUGAGUGCCGAAAUUGCUGGACAAAUCUUGGCAGCGACAGAGACGACAUCAUCAGCGCUCGCUUUUAUCUACUACGAGCUCGCCAAGGCUCCGCACCUGCUUGAGCAACUGUACCAAGAGCUCGUCAACAAUCCUGAUCAAGAUGAUCUGGACUCACUCAAACUUCUUGACGCCUGCAUUCAGGAAGGAUUGCGCUUCCGACCCCCAGUGGCAUUGACGGGAAGCCGUCUAGUGCCAGCAGGUGGUCUAGAGGUACUUGGCCACUUCCUACCCCAAGGCACGGUAGUGACAACGCAGUCUCUGUCCAUGAGCCGGCAGCAGCCCCAUCUCUUUCCCAACGCUGAUAUAUACGACCCGACCCGAUGGUUGGAUGCAGAGAUGAGGGCCGAGCGGCGUCGAUAUCUCGUGCCCUUUGGCGUUGGAGCACGAAGAUGUCCCGGUGGUAACAUGGCGCUGUAUCAGAUGAAGAUGAUACUCAACAGCACGCUGCUCGCGUUCGAUAUUGAGGUUGCACCAGAGACAACGCCUGCCAAGAUGGAGCCGUUCGAGGCGAACGGUUAUCGAUCACGGCAUGAUCGGUGCGAUUUAAUUUUCAAACCGCGGUUGUGA